GCAAGGGACAUCGUAAGGUUCUGGCCUCUGCAGACAUCAACCUGAAGCGGUUUGCCAGUCCGACGCCGACCCAGACCGACCUGACGCUGAAGCUGAAGCCGCUGUCGGUCAAAGUGGUGGAGGCCACGCUCAAGCUGUCGCUGUCAUGUGUCUUUGUUCGAGAGGGGAAAGCUACUGAUGAAGACAUGCAGAGUCUGGCCAGCCUGAUGAGUGUGAAACCUGCAGACAUCGGCAACAUGGACGACUUCAACGAGAGCGAUGAAGACGAGGACAAGAAGUCUAUCACUGCUACAGUCGUCCCACACACUCUCAUUCGCCCAAAUCGCCCUGCUCCUCCUCCACCUGGCAAACGAGACUCUGUUGGACUCUCUCUUCCAGCCUCAGCCUGUGGGCGUGAUGGCGGCCCUUCCUCUGCGGUCCUCUGCCGCCCUCCUCUCCCUAUCGCUCCUCGCCCCUCGCCCCGUCGCAGCCGUCACUCCCUCACCUCAGAGAUCCAACCAUCCCCUGGUCCCUCCCCUCAGCCCUCACCCAGAUCCAAGCAUAAAACAUCCUCCACCCCUCUCCUCUCUGAGGCUUCUUCUUCUAUCCCACUCCCUAUUCCUCCAAGCUCCCAGCCCACAGUGGCUCCGCCCUCCACCCAGAGUGCCUCCCCUGUCCUGCCUCUACAGGAUGUUGCUCCUGCCAAACCUCCGUCCCCCCAAAGCCUCCAAAGCCCCUAUAAUUACGUUGUCUUCUCAAAACAUUUCCUCUUCUAUUCACCCUGCACCUAAAAGCUCUGAAUCUCUUCCUACUUCACCCGCUGCCACAGUGGAGCCUUCUUUGCCCUCUGUUCCCAUUAAUUCCUCCUCAAAUACCCCCUCCAAUGUGCCUUUUAAGCCACCAGGUGCCUCCGAAACAGAUAUCACCUCAUUAACUCCCAAACUUCACUCUCCUGUUUUAUCAUCACCCAAAAUUACCGUAACGUCAACCUCCACAGCUCCUCAUAGGUCUUCCCUCACUGUAUCCACUACUCUCACCCAUAAUACCACCUCUACUGCAUCCCAGCUACUCCCCCAUAGUUCCUCCUCUCCAUCAAAUCCCACCCUGACAUCUGAACCUCCAUCCUCUCGCCCUACUCUCACCCGGAGCCUCUCUCAGCCUCCCUCUCUGCCCAGAAUCUUCCAGUCAGGCUCAGGAAAAGUUCCUGUUUCACACCAACGGCGCCCCCAAGAGGUUCAAACCAAAGAGGAUCUUACUUCACUUUCUGGCCAUGCUCACAUUUUCAGACCUCAGCUCGUCAAGUCAAUCGAUCGCCCCUCCUCUCCCUCUCCUUUUUCUGCUGAUGCCCCUCCUCAUGAAUCAACUUCUCAUCUCCCUAAAUCUCACCCCUCUAUCUCAGAGUCCCCGAGAGGCUCACUGUUUCCCCUCACUCAAGUAGACGAGGAAACAACUUCGAGCCAAGACGAGUGUUCUCCUCAAAAGAACCGGACAGAGGCCAACUUCAGAGUAUCCCAGCAGCUAAUCAGACCAGCCCAGGAUUCAAAGGCAGCCAUCCCAGAAAACAAAGCUGAACCAACAAGGAUCAGCUCACAAAAACAAGAUGCUGCUGAGGUGGACACGGCUGUGAAGCAGGAGCCCCAGCCAAUCACAACAAAAGACUCAGAAACACCUCACAUUGUCCCAACUCCAGCUGAACCCGGCGCACCACCAAACAAAGAGGACCCCAAAGAGCCAGAAGGACCCAGCGUGGAACCAGAAACCUCAACCGAAGUUUCCCCCAAACCAGCCUUUGAGCAUACGGCUUUGGCGCUGGAGCCGCUGCUUCCCUCAAAACCAGAACCAGAACUGCGGCAGGAAGAAGUCCUCCAGCCGGGGAAACCACAACAGGAGGGAGCAGAUGAGGGGAAACCAUCCGAGGCCGUGACUGGCGGUCAGGAGAGUCUCAUCAACAAUAAGGAGCCAGUGUGUGAGGCGGAGAAGCAGCUGUGGGCGGCAGUGGAGGAGACCACAGUGGAAAGAGGGACGGAGAGUAGUGAGAACACUGAAGAGAAGGAUGAGAAGAAGGAGGAAGAGGGUGGUGUAAUAGGGGGUGCCCAGAAAUGUGCACACACAGAGGCAGAUGUGUGUGUUGCGGAGCAGCACAUGGAGGCUCCGGCUGGCUUCAUGUCAGCGGUAGUUGGGGUGUUUUAUAGAGGCCCAGGCCCCCUGUCCCAGACGCCGUCCUCACUCCCAUCCAGUGGACAGACCCUUAACCAAAACUCUCUCGUCAGUCAACCAAAGAAACCUGAACUCUCCAAAAUCAGUCUGGCAGACCAUCCUCAACCUCAACCUCCAGCUGGGUUUAAGCAGGAGAAAGAAAUCAGUCAGAAAACUGAAGCCAAACCUGCUCCCCAAUGUAUUGGAAAACAAACGCUGCAGCCAAUAACAGAACAGAAACAUGAUGUUAUCACAAAAACUGGCCAAGCUGCCAGUAAGGAGGAAGCACUUGAUCAAUUGUCUUCAGUGCCUUUGCCAAAUCCUCCUAGCAUAAACCGUGCCAGCAUACAGUCAAACACAGAAAUAAACACAGAAAUAAACAUAAAUAAAAUAAAUGAUGACACAAAAAUGGCCAUAAAAGUGAGGGAUGAUAAAGACAUAAGCCACCCCAGUUCAAACACCGACAAAGACACCACAACAAGUGCACAAUUUGAAUGGCCUCACACACAUACACACACUUCUGAGCCUGACCAUAUCACCAAAAACCAACAGCUUCAAGAGGAGGAGAGGCUGUUAUUGGCUAAGAUCCAUCUGAUGACAGGUGACACAUCCCCUGUCCCUGGCCCUCGCAGUAUGAGGCUCCUCAUCCCAGACCCCCGGGAGAUUGACUUUGAAACAUCAGAGCUUGUUGCUCACAGUAGUGACUUGAGGCAUGGCGGUGAUACCAUGCAGGAAAUAUUUCUAACUGAGGAAGAAGAGCCACAAUCCAUUGAGUUGGUGAAAAAUCAAGAAGGCGUGGAGGAUGUGCGAAAAGGACAACAGGCUGACCUCCCUGAUGGUGGAAAGAAGAAAACAUCAUCACAUCUUGACACACACAUUGCUCCUGCUCAUGAGAUGACAUCAUCCCGACUGCCUACGUUAGCAGAAGAAGAAACCUCUGACAUUAAGCCCCCUCAGCCUUCUCCACUGGUCAGAGAGGAGGCUGACGGGAAGGACGAUGUAGCUGAGGGCCUGGUGACCUCCACCCAAUCCCUGCUGCAGUGGUGUCAGGACAUCACCAAAGGUCACCGCGGGAUAAAGGUCACCAACUUCAGCACGUCCUGGAGAAAUGGAAUGGCCUUCUGUGCUAUCCUACACCACUUCCAUCCUGACAAAAUACAAUUUGACCAGUUGUACCCUCAUGACAUCAAGAUCAACAACAAAAAGGCCUUUGAUGGUUUCGAGGCUCUGGGUAUCUCUCGCCUGCUGGAGCCGUCCGACAUGGUUCUGCUGUCCGUCCCCGACCGGCUCAUCGUCAUGACCUACCUCAGCCAGAUCCGAUCACACUUCACCAACCAGGAGCUGAGUGUGCUGCAGAUCGAGCACAACAGCAGCCAGUCCAGCUACGGCCUCGCCCUCUCCGGCCCCGGCCCGACUGAUGUGGACGCGGCCGCUUUCUGCAUGGCCCGACUCAACGAAGGAGUGAGCCUCGAGGAGGGAGGCAGCAGCACCUUGGUGGUCCCACCACCGAGGACGAAAAGACUGGGUAAAGGGGACGAUUCGAUCUCACCAGUCCCACCCCCACGUUCCAAAGUAGUCAAAUUUGGACAGACUCAGGAUGAAGAAACAAAGACUGGAAUCACUUAUAACAAAGGGAUGCAGAGUACAGCUGAGACCCAGCCUCCCAAACAAGAAGAGGAAACAAUGUGUCUGCAGGACACCAGUCAGUAUGUGGUGAGCGAGCUGGCAGCGUUGGAGACGGAGCAGAAACACAUCGACAGCAGAGCCGCUGUGGUGGAGAGACGACUGCGAAGCCUCAUGGAAACAGGAAGCGACCGUGAUGAAGAAGAGAGACUGAUCCAGGAGUGGUUCACUCUGGUGAACAAGAAGAACGCUCUGAUACGCAGACAGGACAACCUGGAGCUUCUACAAGAGGAGCAGGAUCUGGAGAGGAAGUUUGAGCUGCUGAACAGGGAACUCCGGGUCAUGAUGGCUAUAGAAGACUGGCAGAAGUCGUCCUCUCAGCAGCAGAGGGAGCAGCUGCUCCUCCAGGAGCUCGUGUCUUUGGUCAACCAGCGGGACGAGAUCAUCAGAGACAUCGACGCCAAGGAGAGAGGGGCAUUAGAGGAAGAUGAGCGUCUGGAGCGCGGUCUGGAGGCAAGGAGGCAAAAAUACAACAGCAAAGACAAAUGUGUCCUCCAACCCUGAAUGCCUUAAAUCAACCAUAACGUGUAUGGUUGGGAUGUUCGUGCCUGCUUAAUCCACAGAAAUGCACCUGUUUCCUUACCUCUUUGAACUUUGACUACUAUAUGCAUGUUGUUUGAAGUGUGCUGAUAAAGUGGGACUCUGCUUUUUAUCCCAAAUAUAUGACUUUCACACACUGUACCCCUGAUGUUGCUGUUUAUAUUUAUGAGGUGAAGACUUGAUGAAUGAUAUUGAUUAUUGUGUUGAAGAAACAUAAAUAUUGGUUGGUUAUGUC